AUGGCUGUGUCGUCCGGAGGGAUCCCUGCCGAGCUGCAAGAGGGCAUCGCUGCCUUCCUGGGCACGAAGAAGAUCCUCCUGGUCAAGACAGUCCAACUGCAGGUGAAAUCCAAGUACGACGACUACGUCUUGGUGCUGACCCCCUGGCGAGCCUACGUGCUGCUGGCGAUGCUGCCAGUGAGGGUGCACAGCAGCUUCAGCUUCCUAGAGGUGCGGGAGAUGACAGCGCAAGAGCCCAGCUUGGUUACCAUAGAAACAGAUACAUCUUAUUAUGCCUUCCGGCUUAUGUCAUCUGAUGAUUUGGAGCAAGUUGUCGUCCAUGUCACCAUGUCACUUAAGAAGGUCUUUCCAGACUCAUCCCUUGGAAUGCUGCUCAAGAACUCACCGCCUGAUGUGUACGAGAGGAUCCGGAGGAUCACAGACUCCCUGGAGGAAAUGCUGCAGAGCAACCAAGGGCCCUGUGGUGGGUUCUCAGAGACAUAUGCUGCUCUGUGCGACUACAACGGCUUUACCUUUCGCGAGGAGAUCCAGUGGGAUGUGGACAACAUCUACCACAGCCAAGACUGCCGGGAGUUCAACCUGCUGGAUUUCAGCCACCUGGAGAGCCGGGAUGUGGCACUGAGUGUUGCUGCUUUGUCCUUCAACCUGUGGUUCACAAGGCUCUACUGCAAGGACUUCAGACUGAACCUGGAGGUUUCAGAGCAACUCCUGUAUAUGCUGAGCAAAUCAGUGAAACUGGAAGAGCUGGUGCUGGAAAACAGUGGGCUAAAAGCUGACUUUGCUCAGAGGAUGGCCCAGGCACUCAGCAGACAUCCUGACUCCAUGCUACACACCAUCAAUCUUGCUGGCAACCAGCUGGAAGACAGAGGGAUAAUUGCCUUCAGCCGGCACUUGGAGAAGAGGCCCAAAGGCCUGCAGAGCCUCAACCUGGCCAGGACGUCACUCACCGCUAAAGGUACAGCCCUGAGACCACACUUCAGCACUUUGUGCCAGCCCCUAGCAGCUAACGAAGUCAUCGGCUCUUCCCUCCGGCACUUGGACCUCUCUGGAAACCCCGGCACCCUGGCCUUGGAUGACACUAGCAGUUUGCAGAGCCUGCUCUGCUGCUGCGGCUCCCUCUCCCACCUCAGCCUGUCUGGCACUGACUGCUCCUUAGACACUCUCUUUGGAGCAUUGGCCCAUGGAUGCUGCACCAACCUUGUCCAUCUGGAUCUCUCCAAAAAUGUGUAUUCACACAAGAGGGUAAAAGAUGUCUCUCCUGCCAUCAAGCAAUUUUUCAGCAAGGCCUGUGCCCUCAGGCAUAUCUCCCUGGCAGGUACCAAGCUGCCUCCAGAUGCUGUAAGAGCUUUAUUGCAAGGACUGGCGUACAACAGUUGCAUCAGUGACCUGCACCUGGAUCUUAGCAGCUGUGAGCUGAGAUCAGCGGGGGCCCAAGUCAUCCAAGAUCUCAUCUCUGAUGCCAGUUCUGUCAGUGACCUAGAUCUGUCCGACAACGGUUUUGACUCUGAUAUGGUGACACUGGUGCUGUCCAUUGGCAGAAGCAAGUCCAUUAGGCAUGUCUCUUUGGGGAAAAACUUCAACAUCAAAUCCAAAGAUGGGCUGUUGGAUGUCCUGCACCGCAUUGUCCAGAUCACCCAGGAAGAUGACUGUGUUCUCCAGUCAUUGUCCGUGGCUGAGUCACGCCUCAAGCUGGGAACCAAUGUCCUGCUCAGCGCCCUGGGCAGUAACACCAGCCUCACUGCGCUGGACAUCAGCGGCAAUGCUAUGGGAGACACCGGUGCCAAAAUGCUGGCCAAAGCCCUGCAAAUCAACACAAAGCUCAGGACCGUGGUUUGGGACAGGAACAAUACAACUGGCCACGGACUCCUGGAGGUGGCUCAGGCCUUGGAGAGGAACUACACCCUCAAGUCCAUGCCCCUGCCAAUGAAUGAUGUGGUGCAGGCGUAUCGGAGCAACCCUGAGAAAACAGAGGAGGCAGUGCACAAGAUCCAGUCCUGCUUGACAAGGAACCAAAUGCGGCGCACGCUGCCAACCCAAACCUUCCGACUGCAGCAGGGCAUCCUGACCACCUCCUCGGAACAGAUGGUGAACGAAAUCUGCCUCAGUGUGCAGAAGCACGUUGACGUCCUCAGCUCCUGCCUGGGCAGGGAGGUGGAGACUGACAUCAUCUUCGCAGAGGAAGCCAUCAGGAACGCCAACCUGUCUGUCAGUAUUUUGCCUCUGCUGUAUGAAUCAGGAAACACCCCAUACCAGAACGGCAAGCUCCAGCAUAAGAUGGAGUGUCUCAUGGAGGAAGUGUCGCAGGCUUGCAGCCGGGAAAUCCAGGCGAUCAUGCAGGCAGUGCUGGACACAGUGCACAACCUCUGCCCGGACAUGGUACAGAAGAGAGGAGUCAGGGAACAGCUGGUCAACGCCAUGUCUGAGCGCAUCUACCUGCAGGACCAUCUCCACCUCACUUCUGUCCUGGACCAGAUGGUCACCGAUGUCUUCAGCAAGCUGAAUGAAAUCAAGCUGUGUGUCACAGCGGCUGUGGCCGACUGCGUUGUGGAUGCCGUGCUGGGAGACCUGAGUGCUGCCCAGUGCAAGCUGGCCGAGAGCCUCCUCAAGCACGGGCUGGACCUGCCGUCCUUGCAGCUGGAGACCACUGAAGAUGAUGUCACUGCGCUGAUGAGGGGCAGAAAUCCUCUGGAUAGCGCCGAGAAGGGCUUCGCCGCAGAAGAGUACAAGAUGGCUCUGCGGAGGAAAAACAAGCAUUUCAGGAGCAUCCGGCCCACGCCAACUAUGAGAAUCUGGUGCAUCAGGGCUCUGCCGCCCUGGGAGUGGCAGAAAACCAAGUGCUUGGCCGGGGGCUCGCGGGCCUUGCUGCGAGCUGUGCCCGCCGCCUCGGCGCCGCCUGCGCGGGGUCAGGGCGCCUCUUGGGCCGCUUGCGUCACUCCCCACCCCGACUCCAGCAAAAAAAGGAAAAAACCGCCCUCCCGGAGCCCUCGCGACAUCGCAGGAUGCGGCCCCGCGCUCGCUGCAAAGCGGUUGCCCGGGGCUGACGCGCAAGCUCUCCCCCAGCGCGCGGCGGCAGAGCGGCCGCCUGGCCCCCCCUCCGCCUGGCGCAGCCCCCCCGACACCGCAGCCCUUAUGGACCUGCCGACCCACGGCGACAAGCUGGAGCACUGCACCAAGGCCAGGCCCCGGCCCAACCGCAGGCACAAGCAGCCACCGAGCAAGCCAAAUGUGCAGCCUGUGUCCUGUGAGAACAGUGAGGACAGGAGCAUCACGCGUGUGGACGAGGGCCUGGAGGACUUCUUCACCAAGAAGCUCAUCACAGAGGAACUACCCCCCGCAGCACUGGAGCCCUGCCCUGGAUCAACCCUUCCAGCAUCCUCCAGCUCUCGCACCCUCAAGAAGAAAAUUGGGAACUUUUUUGCAUUCAAGAAGCCCAAGUCCAGCCGGGGCUCAAGGUGUGAGAAGGAGCCCGAGGGUGUCACAGCCCCCAAAACCAGCCGGUCGAUGCUCAGUGACAUUUUGCGGGCCCCCAGCAAGGCAGGAGAGGCGCUGAGCAAGUCCGAGGAAGGGGGCCUUGCCGCCGAGCCCCGGGCAGAGCCUGAGCACAGCCAGACUCCCGACUCUGCCCGCAGGAUCAGGCCCAAGUACUCACGGGAGGGCAAGUCCCAGUCACUCAUUUUGCUGUCCGGGGAGGACGAGGACGCGCUCGGGGUCAGGCACGACAAGAAGAGGCACCUGGAGAAGAGCGACGGGGAGCUGCCCAACUCCUUUGAGCAGCGCGUGCACCUCAUGCUGCACCGCAUGGGGGUCACAAAAGGCCUGGCCACCGAGAACAAGAAGCAGCAGAACAAGGACAGCGAGAUCAAGAAAGCCGGCUCCGAUGGGGACAUUAUGGACAGCUCUGCAGACUCGCCACCCCCAUCACUGAAGGUGCGCACACACUCCGUGUCCACAGACACCUCCUUACGGAGCAGCCCAGCCCCCCCAGCAGAGCCCAGCAUGGGCGCUGCCAGGCCAGCCUGGAAGGCGCUGGGGAAGCAGCUGAACGCGGAGCUGAGGGGGAAGAGCGCAGAGGCGGCGCGGCGCUUGCUGCCCGGCGCUGAGGCGAACAUGCGCCUGACGCCCCGGCUGGCUGCGCUGAGUGGGACCAAUCGCCGAGCUGUCUCCAUCCACGAGGACCAGCUCAGGGAGCCAGGGAGCCUGACGGAGCUGGAGAAUGUAAUGAUCCCCCUUCGCCUGCGGCGCUCCCCUGUGCUGAAACGGAGGAACAAACGCAACUCCCUUGCGGAGCCCGAGGCGCCCAGUGAGCCCUGCCCAUCCUCGGACACCACGGAUGCCAGCACCGGAGACACGCCAGAGGAGCCACUGCCCAGCCCGGAGACAAAAGGAGCGGAGCCCCAAGCCGCAGCACAAACUGGUGCAAAUGCGCAAGACUCAACCCUAGACCAAAGAAGCCCAGGGGCAGGCAGGGGGGAGCCUGCCCUGGGACUGUGA